AUGCUGCCUAUUGCGACCGACGCAUCCUUUCCUUUACUAACAUCACCCCAGGCAACUGCCUACCCUCUCUACAUUGAUGGCCAAGGCAUGCGACUUCAAGGCAAGCGCUGGCAACGCUACUGCUGGAAGUGUCGUGAUUACUGGGAUUUACACUCACGGUCGACGACACAUGCGUCCCUCCUUAUCAACUCUCCAGUUCCCAAUGCUGCGGUUCCGUCGGAGCACGUCCCAGUUCCACCAAGUGACGGCAUGGACCAUCCGUAUCACAACCCCUUCUCGCUCUCCAGUUCCCAGCAGCAAUCCUGGUCCUUUGACGGUGUAGCCGAUCGACUACAGACCACUGUUGGUAGCAUGCCUCCAGUUCGAGCAGUCCCACCCUACGACCCCGGCGGCACCGGACAUCCCAGGGAUCCUAGAACAGCGGCCGGAUCCUACGUGAAUGCGCCAGUACAUCGCGUGGAUCCAACUCGACAGGCCCGGCAUGCGAGGCUAGCCCAUGAUAUCCAGCUGGGAGAGCGCCACUUGUACCCCAGAUCACAGAGAACGGCGGCACACCCGUCGAACCCAACCGGCGACUCAGGCUCAUCGACCGCAAGAAGGGGGCAAAGAACCGUGACAAAUCCAUUCGCUACCCAAGAAGAAAUCCAAUAUGAAAACUAUCAGACCCCAAGGAGGCAAAGAACCAUUACAAACCCAUUCGGUACCCAAGAAGAAAUUCAAUCUGAGAAUUACCAAAGCCCCAUCAGCACAAUGUUUGGUCGAGCAUGGAAUCGCUAUAGACAAGCGGAAGAACAGAGAUCAGCCCUUGCAACUGAGUCCGUAGACGUUCAGGAGACGCGAAGAGAAGUUGCAGUCAGUGUGCUGGGCACUGGGCCGCCUCAAAACGGGGAUACAGAACGGCAGUUCGAAACCAUGAUGAACCGCAUGCGGCUACAAGAGGAUCAGCAGUCAUUCACAAACCCCAGACUAAACCUCAGAAGGUCGUCUCAAGGACAAGCUGCCAGACUCGAGCAAGAUAACCCACAUACACACCCUCAGAUCAACCCUAUUGACUCUCAACCGAACCGACCACGACCGCUCGAGCCAAGGGAGAUGACCGUUAAUAUCGCCUGCAGAAUAUGUUGUGAGCAGAAGGUCGACACAUUGUUGGAGCCUUGCAUGCACGUCGCCAUCUGUCGUUGGUGCUCGGAUCUGAUACAAGAACAUGUCCGUCGAUACCGCGCUGUACACGGGCCGUAUGGGGAAGAAUCAAAGUGGAAAUGUCCAAUGUGCCGUCGCCACGUCACACAUGCAAAGAGAGUGUAUCUAACUUGA